AUGAAAGUCAAACGACUAGUUUUUGUUUUGUAUGCACCUAAUGCAAGAAAUGUUUGGCUUGUAUUAACAACCUAUGGUAUACAACAAUAUCGAUUAGAAAUGAACAAAAAUCAUGAGGGUCUAUGGGAUAUUGUAACAGAUAAAGCUCCAUCUGGUCGAACUUAUCUCUACUUAAUUAAUGAUUAUCAUGGAAGAUAUAUGUUACGAACAGAUCCAGUAAAUUUUUCUAUUGUUUCUAAUUUAAUAACUCGACGUGUUCAAUCAGUUGUUCACGAUGAAACAGUUUAUAAAUGGAAUGAUCAAAAUUCGAUGAGACAACGUGCUCAAACUAAUCCUAUGAAAUCACCAUUAUCUAUUUAUGAAAUUCAACUAAAAUCAUGGAAAAGUAGUGUCUAUUGGCCAUUGAACUUUCGUCAAAUAGCAAGUGAAUUAGUGACUUAUUGUAAUCAAAUGAGUUUUACUCAUGUAAAAAUAUGUGAUGAUUUAAAAUAUUUGAUUGAUCAUCUACAUCAAAAUAGUAUUGGUGUCAUUCUUGAUUGGAUUCCAACACAUUUUAAACAUUAUCAUUUUUUUCAUCAAUAUUCUAUGUCUUUACAUGAACAUGAUGGUACAAAUUUAUAUGCUAGUACUGAAUCACAAUGGGGAACACUAUAUUUUGAUUUUGAUUAA